AUGGAGGAAUACGAAGCCAACCGUAAGGCUCGUCUUGAGCAUGACAAAGAAUGGUGGGGGAAUAGCCACUUUGAACCUGGAAAAGAAGACCCAGAUCGCCAACACAUAUACGCUCACAACCCUCCAAUCUCUAACGAGGAGUUUCAGGAGACAUGGAAGACAUACAAUGAAUCGAUCCAAAACCCCGAGACAGGGGUGCAUGAUUCCCUAUCAGACCACUUGCGGCCCAGCACUCCUCCCACAGAGAAAGCCAUGAGGCAGCUGCGAGGUCUGAAGAAACAGGGCGUGAACAUCACAGAAGAGUUGGCCAAGGAGGUUAUCAGUCACUACACGACAAACAGCGGGAUGGUCGCCGCCUUGACAGAGUGGUCUCAAGACGAAACAAGCAUCCCUGUCGAACACGCCAACGAAUUGCAGAAAGGGACGAACCGAUUGAUGCUCGAAAUGGCCAAGCAGAUGCGUGACUUACAAUUCGAGUUGGACCAAACAAAGACAUCUCUCCAAAUUGCCGAAGAAGACGCCCAAAAGUUGGCAGCAUUUCAUGAAACAGCUUUCCAAAAGGUAAAUAACCGCAGGGUAGCGUGGAUCAGAAACAAGGGUAUCUAUGAUGGACUCUCAGGGAACGAUGAACGGGCAGGUGCACGUCUCCAAGUCCUCCUGAACGAAACAACCGACCACUGGAAUGAAAUCCACCUCAUGUACGACACAGCAGAGUGUCUACCUAGGAUAGAAACUCCAGAGCAGGGGGGUGAUGCUGGUGAUAUGGGUCUACCGAGCGCAUUUGAGCAGAGAGGAAGGGAAUUGAGAGACAAAGGAAACCAGAUCGAAAAACUCAAGAGAGAGCUCCAGGAAAAGGAACAGGUCGUCGAGAACCUCAAACUCAAACGUGACAAGUCCUCUUUCUUGUCUUCCUUCGAAGUGUCGAGAGAAAAUACCCCAGAGAAUAGCCGAGUGCCUUCAGUGACUUCAAUGGCACCGUCUGUUAAUUCGAUUCAGAUGGAAGAAGAGAUGAAGAGACUCAAACAAGAGAACUCCGACCUCCAACAAAAGUUGGCAGACACUUUCAAGCAGAAUGAGAGCAAACUCCAGGAAGCCUCCGAAGAGACUAGAAAUCUCAGAGCCGAGGUGCAAACGCAGAAGGAAGACAUCAAACAGUUCAAUAACAGGAUCCUUGUGAAGGAUAGAGAGUUCACAAAGCAUUUCAACAAUAUCAGGCAAGAGGGCAAUCUUUACCGGAACCGCCUGAAAUUAUUUGAGGUUGCCCGAUUCAGGACGGCUGACAGCUUGAUCGCGGCAAUUGGAAAGGAUGAUACGCCCUCCUAUAUCAAGCAGAAGAUCGGCCUCAGGGACUGGGUCAACUACCUCAACAUACUUUCCUUCAUCCAGACCAGCGCCUACCUUCAGCUUGCUCUCAUAGAAGGCGCGGAAAGAGUGGCCGAACGUAUCUUGGUUGAUUUACAAAACUGGGCCAAGUUAUGUCACAAGGAUUUUGAAACGAUGUACCCAAGUGUCAACAUUCAAAUCGGAACCUCGAUUCGCAUCCUUGAUGCCGUAAAGAUGCUCUUGACUACAAAAGAAGAAACGGACGUAAAAGUUGCCCUAGACACUAUCAAAGAUGGAGUCAAUAUCUUCGGACAAUAUGACCGUGGGUUGGCCUUUUCCCAACUUCACAAUCUUGCUCAAGGUAUCUUGAAGAAGUCUGGCGAUGGAGGCGACACCAAAUGGUACAUGAAAAGGACUCAAUUCAAGGCCACUUUGGAAGAGAAGUUAUAUCAGAAAGGACAAAAGGAAGAGGUUUAUGAAAGACGAGGAUUAACGUCAGGACGAAGGUUAGGACAAAGAUCAGCACGAAGGUCAGGACGAAGGUCAGGAUAA